AUGGCUAAAGCAUCCUUAGGUUCGUAUCUGUACAAACUUGAACUCUCAUUCAGUGAUUACGAAUUACUCUGACGCUUCUCUUUCCAGAAACGGAAGUGGAAGGAAUAGGUUCUGGAUGGCUAAUGCGCUCUUCAAAGACUUCUCUUCCCAGAGAGUCUUAAAGAAAAGUUUUGGCACAGCCCGAGAAAAGAAAAGAAAAAAGUGCUGGACAAUUUAUCAUUUGUGGCAAGAGAUGCGACGCCUUUCCGACCCUUUACCAACCACCCCAACGACUUUUUAUUGCACAAGAAAUGGAGGGAAGGAAGGAAAGGAGAAGAAGCGAGAAAAUGGGAAAAAAGAAGUGAACAUGAAAAACUUUCACCUCGUCUUUUUCGUCUUUUUUUGCUCAGUCUAUGAAUUGUAUGGAAUGACUAUAGAUGAGUUCGGCGGGAAAAAACUCAUGAUGGGAAUGGCGAGGGAAAAAUCAAGGAAAAUAACGAAAAAAGAGGUGGGAGGGGGAGCGUAGAUAAGGGGAAAAUCAUAACGUGACAACUAUUUCUCUCUGUACUGCUUUUUAUAGAGUGGUAUUAUCAAAAAAAUUGGAGUUGCUGGCGGAAGUUUCUAUACAAAACUACGACAAGAUUUUUAUCGACAGCUAUGUAUGAACUGAAUAGACAUCUAGAUAUCCGCCGAGAAUGCGAUAAUAGAUCUCCCUCCUGUCGGCAACUAUGAACUCACGUUCAUUGCAGUUCUACCCAAAACAAACUGGUGUCUCGACUUGAAAUGUUUCACGUUUCGUUGUCAAAUGCAAACUUCCCAAAGAAUUGCAACAAACAGGUUGACAAUUGACGCGGCCGAGCGGAAGAACACUGAAGAGACGAAACAGAAGAAGAAGGAGCAGCGGCUGGAGCAGGCCGAGGAGAAAAGCGAUGAAAUAAAAUUUGGCAAAGGCAAAGAAGUGGACAGAAAUUCUAUUUUUGAAUGAUGACAAGUCUGCUUCGAAAUUGAGUAGGCGAGAAAACAGAAGCUAAGCAGAGCUCGUUUGAGCUUAUACCCUACAAUUUGACAACGUAUGUGUGCAAGUGUGGGUGUGUGUGAGACGAAGGAUUCUCCACUGUCAGUGUGAAGCUGCAUACAGACUCUAAGAAAAUUUGACCAUAGAAUAAAGAAAGGGGUAGUCCAAAAGUUUCUGCCAAGUAAGAAGAAGUCCACCACAACCUCAAUUACUUUUCCUCUUACACUCCGAGGAAGGGUGUGUGUGUGUGUGUGUGUGUGUGUGUGGAAGAAAAAGAAAAAGAAGGAGGGGGAGGUUUGGAUUCAUUCACGUGUCCGAUUUUCAAGUACUUUUUAAGAAUCGGAAGCGGCACACUCUAGAUGAGCGAAAGAAAGAAACAACUAGAAGCAAGAAAGUUCUGUAGGCGCGAGACAGGACAAAGAAGACGAAGAAGAAGGCGUUUUUGUUUCGAAGAGCCAACAACGAACGAACAAAAAAGAUGAAAACAAAAACAACAAAAACAGGCAAUUGGCGCGAAUAAUAUGACAAGUUUGGUCGGGUGGCAGACACGCAACAACAACCAAGAAAAACGGAUUCAGACAGCCACUGGUUAAAAAAAUUGGAAUUUUUGGUUGAUUUCCGUGGCUUCCCAUAGUUUGUGGACGGAACGAUCGAUAUGAAAACGGAACAUGCAGCUGGCGGAAAAAAGGCACAAUACAGCAGCGCCGCCAACAAACAAUACAUUUUUGGGGAGAGAGAGAAGCCACGAGGCAUGCAUUUAAACUUGGGGCCGUGACAGAUUGACACAGGGAGUAGAGACUGACGUGUCCGCGAAUGAGUUUUGAAGCUCUCAAAAUGCUCGAUCCUCAAGCAAACUAGUUGUUUGAAAGGUUAUGUUUUUUACUGGACAAUACCCAACUUCACAAUUAUAGUGUGAGAAAAUUCUUACUGUUCCUGAAUGAGCUCAAUGAAUGUCAAAUGCACUGUAGCCUACAGAAGUGACAAAUAUGGAACUAUUUUUGUAUAUUUCGGUCUUGCGUUCAAUCCCACGAGGUUCCUUUAAUACACCUUUGAACUGAUGGACCUUAUCCUUGAGAAUAUUGUUUACCCGCGAAAAUGCAACACACAGACUUCGACCACAUAUCAUUAAUCUCACAGAAUACACGCAAAGAAGGAAAAACUAGCCAUCUUCCGUUUUCAUCACAUUACCAUUACUAUGCCUUUGCAUUGAUCUAACCGAAGAUCUUCCUCGAAGACCAAAAAACCUUCCUUCUUCUGUCUUCUUUCCUUCUUCUUCUCAUUUUUCUUACUUUUUCUAUCACUUUUCCAAACUGUUUUGCCGUUUUAUUUCCUCUCCUUCUCUUCCCGUUCUCAUAAAUAUCAUUUACUCUCGCUGUUACCUGCUGCCGUCGAUUUAGAGGUCAAAUGGACGAAAUUAACAGCGCUGGAUGGCAGACAGAACAUAGAGAAAACGGAGAUAACGAAAGAGGAGAAGGGGAAAAAAGGAAGCGAAACGGUUCCUGGUUGAGUUUGUAGCAUCCGCCGUGCCGUACUACGCGCUAUCAAGGUAUUACACCUCGGCAAGUAUAAAAGAGAUGGCGCCCGAUGACCAAAUCACUUGACUAGUCGGUCCAGUCCAUUUAGUCAACGUGAGUUUUUCUUUGAAUUUUUCAGAAACCAAAAUCAGCUUCUGAAAGCGUUGUCGGAACAAUUCUAUUUUUCAGAUGUCUGAGGAUCCAAAACAGAUCGCCCACGAGACUGAGUCUCUCCGCAAGGUUGCAUUCUUCGGAAUCGCAGUUUCUACCAUUGCCACCCUGACCGCCAUCGUCGCCGUCCCAAUGCUCUACAACUACAUGCAACACGUGCAGUCCUCUCUUCAAUCCGAGGUUGAGUUCUGCGCUCACCGCUCAAACGGACUUUGGGAGGAGUACCAAAGAGUGAGUUUCCCUCCGAUGGUCUUCUUCUUUCCCAACAAAACUUCUUUCAGUUCGAGGGAGUUAGUGGAGUUGCCGGACGUAUCAAGCGCGAGUCUUACCAUCGUUCGAUUGGAGGAGGAGCCCGCAGAGUAGCCAAGGUCCGCAGACAAUCUUACGGAAGUGACGCUGCUGUCGGAGGAUUCGGAGGAUCCUCUGGAGGAUCGUGCUGCUCGUGCGGAGUUGGAGUUGCUGGACCACCAGGAACCCCAGGACAAGAUGGAGCCCCAGGAAAUGACGGAGCCCCAGGAUCCCCAGGAAACCCAGGACAGGAUGCUUCGGAAGACUCUACUGUUGGGCCAGACAGCUUCUGCUUCGACUGCCCAGCCGGACCACCGGGACCAGCAGGAGCCCCAGGACAAAAGGGACCAUCGGGAGCCCCAGGAGCCCCAGGACAAUCCGGAGGAGCUGCUCUUCCAGGACCACCAGGACCAGCUGGACCACCAGGAGCCCCAGGACAGCCGGGAUCCAACGGAAACGCGGGAGCCCCAGGAGCUGCAGGACAGGUCGUCGACGUUCCAGGAACCCCAGGACCAGCCGGACCACCAGGACCAGCCGGACCAGCCGGAGCCCCAGGACAGCCAGGACAGGCCGGAAGCUCGCAACCAGGAGGCCCAGGACCACAGGGAGACGCCGGAGCUCCAGGAGCCCCAGGACAGCCAGGACAAGCCGGAGCCCCAGGACAGGACGGAUCAUCCGGAGCCGAGGGAGCUUGCGACCACUGCCCACCACCACGUACCGCCCCAGGAUAUUAA